AUCAUUAGAUCAAUUGAAAUUGUAAAAAUGAACUUUUUAUUGAUUGUUGUCUCGUGCUUGCUUUAAUAUUAUCUCAUUUUGGUUUGUUAAAAUCACUUUUGAUUUAUACCCCUCAGGUUGUGGAUUGAUUUAUGUUUAUUGGACAUGAAUUAAAAUUUGCUUAAUAUGACUCUUCAGUUAAAUAUUACACAUGUACUGUGUUUUUCUGUUGAGAAAUAUAACUGAAGCAAGGUAUUAUUACUAUACAAGAAUGAGGACCUCAUACAAAUUGAUCUUCUUAUUUAUUGGACUCUAUUUAUUAAAGAUAUUUAUGAAUGGAGCAUUAAACAAAGCAAAACAGCAAUAUUAUAAUAAAAGCAUAAAAGGAAAACCUGAGGAAUCAUCGAAUCAUGAACCUGAGGGAUCCUAUUCACAGACUUCACUUUCGUCCCCAUUGACCAGGACUACUAUGGGACAUUUGUCACACAGCACAGAAUCUGCACCAACGGUAUCAACUAAAGGCCUAAAAGGAUCAAAUGGUGCAUUGUUUGAAGAUGGACGGAUUACAAGACCAAUUACAUUAUGGAAUCAGGAUAUGCAUAUAUCUCCUAUCCAUGAUUUGAAAACAUUGUUGGAGCCAAUGGGAGUAAAAUUUAUCGACAAAACACUCUCGUCUCAUUGCCAUAUCACAAAAACGUGCAACCCAGUUCCGCCUCUACGGGUCAUAACUCAGAGGAAUGGAUUCCAUCUGACCCCAGAGUUGAUUUCAAAGUUCUAUGAGAGUUAUAAAAAUGAUUCCGAAAUGAAAACUGUAACUGCAUUUGUGUGUUACCAUCCACCUGCAAUGUGUGACCUCUUCAGGCCGUUCAAGAAACCACUGAUUAUCAUAUCAUCAAUUCGAUAUGAAUUAGGACGCAAUUCGCCAAAUGAAAGAUGGCACACAUAUAAUGAGAUCCUACGAAAUGUAAGCAAGGAUCCGAGAAAUGUAAUUGGUGGGAAUAAUCUAUAUGACACGAAUUAUAUCAAGUAUUUCACAGGUAUAGAAACAAAACUAAUUCCUAGUUACUGCGGAUACACAAAUGAAUCAUACCAUCCAAGGAGACCUGAAUUUCUGUUUGCAUCAACCAGGGCUAGAAAUGUGGCCUCAACAGGAGUCCAAAGGGGCCUUGAUAAAAGACUAAGAGAGAUAAACAGCACUGCAAAAGUGGCUCAAUUGAGGACUCUAUAUGGGCACUAUAAAUACUCAGAUCUGGCAAACCACCCAGGGAUCAUACAUAUCCCCUAUCAGGUGUCAGUUAUGAGCCUGUUUGAACAGUACAGAAUGAACAUUCCCCUAUUCGUCCCAUCUUUAGAAUCCCUCAGUGAAUGGCAUGUUAAGUUUAAUCUUCUCAAAGAGCGAACAUGGGAUUCAACAUUCGGUAAAAUUCCAUUGAAAUCCAGAAUACAGGGUGUCCAAUCUGGGAUCCCUGAUCCUAAUAGUGACAGGAAUAUAACAGCUGUCAAAUACUGGCUGCAGUUCAGUGAUUUCUACCAAUGGCCUCAUAUUACAUAUUACAACUCUGGUGAGCACCUAGCAGAGAUCUUGCAUGCUAUGACACCAGAGAAAUUAAAGAACAUUAGCAGUUCCAUGGCAGUUUACAAUAAGAAUGAACAAACGAACAUUAAAAACAUGUGGAAAAACAUUUUAAUUAACAUUGUAUCGUAGGAGACAAAAAAUAAGUUGCUACUGUGCCAUGGGGCCUUUUUACCUUUGAAUAUUAUUUAUUGGUUUUUAAAUUGCCCCAUUUGCAAUUAAAUACCAGAUCUGACUUUAAAAUUAAAUAUGCUCCAAGUGAAAUAUACAUGUAUGCUGAGAGUGAUUGAUAAGUUUUUUUAUGUGUAAUACUGCACCAGCUGUAUAUGUUUGAUGUACAUUAUAUAUAUUUUCGUUUUUAUAUUCUAAAGACCUUUAAGUACAUGAAUAAAGUGUAAAAAACAUUUAAUUUCUCUCAAUUCUUAAAACUAUUCA